CGCACUGGGCCAAGCCAACAUUUUGUAUUCAGCGAGCAGAAACAAUUCCCUAACAAACGCCACAUUUUUGUGAAGGGCGCACACGAUCGGUUAAAAUGCAACUAAACUCGUUGAUUAAAUUGUUCAACAGUACUCGUUUGCUGGUGUCUACGGGCCAAACGAGUCCAUUUGCUGUGGUCGCAACGCAAUCGCGUGGCUUGAACAGGACAGCGUCGCUAAAUGAUGCCACGUCCAAGGGGGCUCCGGAAAAACCAAAGCGUCCGGCCAAUGCUUACAUAAGAUACAUGCAGAGUAUUCGGUCUGCCCUGGCCAGCGCGAACCCUGGUACCUCUCCUUCCGACAUAUCGAAGCUGGCUGCCCUUAAGUGGCAAGCACUUGAUGUGUCGGAGAAGACAAAACACGAGGAAGCGUACAAACGCGAGCUUGCCGUGUGGCUGCAGAAAAACGCCAAGUACCUUAGCCAGCUGACGGACGCAGAUAAGGAGCAGUUGAAACACGAGAGGCAACAAAAGGCGGAGGACAAGGCCAAGCGUGAACACAGGCGCAUGCUGAAGCAGCUUGGUCGUCCGAAGCGUCCGGUGAACGGAUUCUUGCGCUUUUCCGCCCAAAAUAAAUCUAAAACGGGCAUGCCAAGGGAAGAAAGAAUGCUGUUGAUGAAGGAUCUCGGGCAAAAGUGGCGCAACCUACCGUCGUCCGAGAAGGAGCGCUACAACCGGGAGGCCCAAGAAGAUUUGGUACGUUACGAGAAGGAGAUGAAACUUUGGGAAGAUAAAAUGCUCUCGACGAACAACACCGAUGUGGUGCGCAGGAAGAAUGUACUGGUAGAACCAUCGAAGACGAAGAAACAACCGACUGGUCCCGGUGCUCGGCCAUAGGAACUCGGGUGUCCCCAUCUGGUGAAGGAAGAUGAUAAAACGGUGCCUGCAGAACAACCUUCUAUCAACGGUAUCAGGGAGCGUGAACCAAAGCCAAAACGAUCGAAAGACCUUCUCACCCCGGAUAGGGACACGUGUGAACCAGUUUCGCUGCAUGAACAAACUAUUCCAGCGAAAGCUGUGCCAUUCGAAAAGACAACAACCAGAGAACCGGAGCAAAGCCGCCAGCAGAAGGAGGGUAUAGUGAGCAAGCUGAAAUCAAUCUUUAAAUUCUGACAGUGGUUGCAGCGCAUGCAGGAUGCGGUUCUGUUGAAGGCCGUAUCAGUUUGGUUUCGCAUGCAUUCAUCCUAAUCCUUCGAGCUGUCAUGUUUCGCUAUCGUCUCAUUUUUCUUUAAAUCAGUUUUGUAAUUUGACGGAGUUUGGAAUCCUGAUCAUACUGCAUUUUGUGACUUUAGUUUUCUUACAAACUUUACCAUCCAUACGAAACCGAAGCCUCAUCCUAAUCAAACGCUGUAGAACCACAUCGUGCUAUACGAAGUACGAAGAACUAGUGUCUUAAGAAUCAACUUACGUGUCGUGUUUUAAUACGUGUGCCACAUUUCCGAAAUCACUUAAUAAUACUUAAUUUCAUUAUCAUCAGGAUUGAGUAC